GGAGAAGUUCGAAAAAAACAUUAACAGGGACAGAAAUCUGACCUUCUUUGCGACAAUUUCAUUUCAACUUGGGCUUCAAUCUUGCAUUCUGCAAGUCGCGACGGGAAGACCCUCUACACCUAGUCCAGCUAGUCUCGCAGCCGACUUGGGACGCUCGAGGGUCUUGGUUCUCGCUCAUUUAAUCGUAUCGAUCCUCCACUUCUACGAUAACAGUCAAUGCCCGUCUAGUCCACCACUCAAGUCUGCAACCAUGACUUCACGAAGAGAUUUCCUCAAUCAGCAAGCGCCUGAGAACUAUGUUGCAGGUCUCGGUCGUGGUGCCACAGGAUUUACCACACGAUCUGAUCUUGGCCCUGCGCGAGAAGGUCCCAGCACCGAGCAAAUACAAGAAGCCCUUGCGAAACGAGCACAACAACUUGGUGCCGCUCCUCCAACAGCAUAUGGCGCGACAGAUAAGAAGAAAACCGACCAGGAAGAACAGGACGAUGAGAGAUUCCAGGAUCCAGAAAACGAGGUAGGAUUGUUUGCGUAUGGGCAGUAUGACCGCGAAGACGAUGAGGCGGAUCGAAUAUAUCAAGAUGUCGAUGAGAAGAUGGAGCGGCGCAGAAAAGCUAGAAGGUUAGUCCACUCCUUGUCCCCAUCCUCACCCCCUUCCACUCGUCUCCUCCUGUCAGCAGAAGCCCGUGGUUUAUCUUUUCCACUUGUGUUUGCACAGAUUACCGACGUGAAACCUCCAUCAACUUUUAGGGAAGCCCGGGAGCAACAAGAACAUGAUGAAUACGAACGAAACAACCCCAAGAUAUCACAACAAUUUGCCGAUUUGAAGAGAUCGUUAGCCACCGUCUCCGAUGAAGAUUGGGCCAAUCUCCCGGAUCCUGGAGAUCUUACAGGCAAAAAUCGAAGAUCCAAGCAAAAUCUGCGACAACGGUUUUAUGCUGUACCUGACAGUGUUUUGGCGGGCGCGAGAGACUCGACCGAGUUCCAAACUAGUGUGCAGGACGAUGGAUCACAAACAUCGAGUGCCGACAACAAAGAUGGUACCAUGACCAAUUUCGCCGACAUUGGUGCUGCCAGAGACAAGGUGCUCAAAGCAAGAUUAGAUCGAGCAGCACAAGCGGAUGCCGGCACUGGGUCAGCAACUACGAUAGACCCUAAAGGAUACUUAACCAGUCUUGCGACAAAUGAAAUCAAGGCGGGGGAGAUUGAGGUUGGCGACAUCAAACGUGUUAGGGUCUUGUUGGAGUCUGUCAUCAAAACAAAUCCCAAACAUGCACCAGGCUGGAUAGCCGUUGCAAGACUAGACGAGUUGGCCGGCAAGAUUGUAUCUGCCCGCAAGAUGAUUGCUCAGGGCUGCGAGCAGUGUCCCAAAAGUGAAGACGCGUGGCUGGAAAACAUUCGACUCAACGAUAAUCACAACGCCAAAAUCAUUGCAGCGAACGCCAUCAAGAAUAAUGAGAAAUCAACUCGAUUAUGGAUUGAAGCCAUGAACCUCGAAUCCGACCGAAGAGCGAAGAAAAGAGUCUUACGGCAAGCAAUCGAUCAUAUCCCCCAGUCCGUCGCCAUCUGGAAGGAAGCCGUCAACCUGGAGGAGAACGAGGAGGAUGCCCGUCUACUCCUUGCGAAAGCAACUGAGAUCAUUCCUCUAUCGGUAGAACUAUGGCUUGCCCUCGCUCGUCUUGAAAGCCCUCAGAAUGCGCAAGCCGUCCUCAACAAAGCACGAAGAGCCGUUCCAACCAGUUACGAAAUCUGGAUCGCUGCCGCACGACUGCAAGAACAGAUAGGAAACGCAAACAAACUCAAUAUAAUGGGCCGUGCCGUCAAGACACUGGUUGAUGUCGGUGCCAUGCUGAAGCGCGAAGAAUGGAUCACCGAGGCCGAAAAGUGCGAAGAGGAAGGUGCCGUGCUUACGUGUGGUGCUAUCAUUCGAGAGACACUAGGCUGGGGUCUCGACGAGGAUGAUGAUCGUAAGGAAAUUUUCAAGGACGAUGCAAAAGCCAGCAUUGGUCGCGGGCGUUAUGAAACCGCUCGGGCGAUAUAUGCAUACGCUUUGAGAGUAUUCCCUACCAGCAAGUCAUUGUGGCUAGCCGCCAGCGAUCUGGAAAGAGCUCAUGGAACCAAGACCGCACUAUGGCAAGUCUUGGAGAAGGCUGUCGAGGCUUGUCCACAGUCAGAAGUUUUGUGGUUGCAGCUGGCUCGAGAGAAGUGGCAUGCGGGUGAGGUUGACGACGCUCGACGUGUCCUGGCAAAAGCAUUUAACCAAAAUCCGAAUAACGAGGACAUUUGGCUGGCUGCCGUCAAGCUCGAAGCUGAUGCCAACCAAGUUGAUCAAGCGCGAGAGCUUUUAGCAACAGCACGACAGGAAGCCCCGACGGAACGAGUCUGGUACAAGAGUGUUGCUUAUGAGCGGCAACUGGGAAAUAUCGACGUCGCCCUUGAUCUCGUCCUUCAGGGUCUCACUUCAACGGUGGUCAACAAAAAGGAAACCAGAUUCCCACGCAGUGCCAAGCUCUGGAUGUUGAAGGGACAAAUCUAUGAAGAUAAAGGAAUGAUUCCUCAAGCUCGGGAGGCAUAUUCUCAAGGCACGCGUGCGGUCCCCAAAUCAGUUCCUCUCUGGCUUCUUGCCGCAAGGCUGGAAGAAAAGGCAGGUAUCAUCAUCAAAGCACGAUCCGUCUUGGAUAGAGCGCGCCUUCAAAAUCCUCGAAACGCCGAGUUAUGGACGGAGAGCGUGCGGGUCGAGCUGAACGCAAACCCACCCAACGUGCAGCAGGCAAAGGUGCUCAUGUCAAAGGGAAUGCAAGAAUGCCCCAAAUCAGGAUUGCUAUGGUCCGAGAACAUUUGGCGACUGCAACCACGAACGCAGAGAAAGCCUCUGAGUUUAGAAGCGAUUAAGGCCGUGGACAAUGACCCAACACUCUUUGUCACGGUGGCCCGGAUUUUCUGGGGAGAACGAAAACUCGACAAGGCCAUGAAUUGGUUCGAAAAAGCGAUUGUCGCGGACAGCGACCUGGGAGAUGCUUGGGCGUGGUACUACAAAUUCCUGCUGCAGCAUGGGACAGAUGAGAAACGAGAGGAUACUGUCAGUAAAUGUGUUGCUAAUGAGCCCAAGCACGGUGAAGUUUGGCAGAGGGUGAGAAAAAACCCGAAGAAUUCAAGCAUGACUACAGAGGAGGUGUUGAAGGAGGUUGCAAAGGAGUUGCAGUAAAAGCACGCUGUAGUGUCUAACCUCAAGUCAGCUCGGCAGCCCGGGUUUGAUAAUGAACAAUGAUAAUGGCUCCAUGGUCUGUACUGUGGUGAUUCAACAUCCUCUAUUCGACUAACUCGUCGUUUGGCAUGUGAACC